CAAAAAAGUUUGAAGUGUUCAACCAAAAUUGUGAUUUUAUAUUUUGGAUGUAAAUGAAAACAACGAGCGAUACCAAGAAUCCCAUUAAAAUAAUUAAUAUUUUUAUAAAAAUAUUAACUUCAAAAAUAAUAAAAUAACUAUUCCUGUAAUCCUGUCCUGUGCCCCAAACUCCAUAAAUUUGUCCAACACAUAUAAUCCUUAACUCUACAAAAUCUAAGAUUUUUUUCUUAUUUUCUCCAAUUUUCAAUUUUCCUAUAUGUGUAUUUUACAUUCGAAUAAAAAAGCUACUAACUGCUCUAAAAACAAAUCUUUUUAAGGAUAAAAAAAGACAAAAUAAUUAUGGCUGAUGAUGGUAAAGCUGAAGGUGGUGAAGUUGAAAAAAAAAUACUUCAUGUGUAUCCAUUAGUUAAACAUUCCGAUAUGAAUGAAGAAAUGCGUUCAGAGGCAAUUGAAUUAACUAUAACAGCAUGUGAAAAAUUUGCAAAUAACUACGAACAAGCCGCUAAAGUAAUUAAAGAAACAAUGGACAAACGUUUUGGUACGCAUUGGCAUGUUGUUGUCGGUGAAGGUUAUGGUUUCGAAGUAUCAUAUGAAACCAAAAAUAUUUUAUAUUUAUUUUUUGGUGGAAAUUUGGCUAUUGUUGCAUGGAAGUGCUCAUAAACAAAAAAAAAAUUAAAUCAAAGUAAAUUACCAGAUCUUUUCCCGGCAUUUUUUCUGCUAUAUAGGUACAUAGUAUAUAAAAUUUGUAUAUAGAAUAUCUUAAAGUACUUGCAUCAAAAAUUUCUGCUAAUCAAUUACAAUGUAACGGUAUAAUUUAAUUUAAUUCAACAAUAUUUAGGAUAAUAUUUUUUUUAUGUGAA